GGUUGGCUCAGGAGCAAACUAGCUUCCAGUAGUCCGGAGCCUACUGUAGCAUAUUUUUCAAUAACGCAUACCAAGAGAAUAAAGCAAAUUUAAUAAUAAAAGUGGAAAGUUAUUUAAAAUUGCACGCUGUGCCUGAAUGUCCAUUUAAAGUUUCAUCAAGCUGCUUACAAUAUUAAAACUAGAGGAGGAAGUGCAUGUUUGUGCACAGCAGAUACUCAAAUAUCAUUCAGUCACUGGACAACUGCUACAACACUAUUGAUAACCCACCUCCAAAAAAAAACUACCAGUAGAUCCCAAAGGCACUGCUGGUAGAUCGCUGCCUAUGUGGUCAAGUUACGCAAUCUCAACACUGGGGCGUGAGUAGGGUUGCUUGGGAUACCACUUUAUCUACCGCAGUUUGUGAAGGAGCAGGUCAUUAAACAGUCUGAUGAUCGGACACCAAAAGUAGUACAGGAUUGGAUCUUGAGGGACAUGGAUUUCAACCAAUCAAUGUAGAUUUUUGAACGACAACACAAUUGGCCUAUCAGAGGCAUGAUUGAAUGCCCCCCAAAAAGACUGCUCGAGGAAGGAGCACUGCAGAGAAAGAGGAGCCACAAGAAGUGUCUUCUGGGAAAAGGAAGUGGAAAGCAGAACAAAGUGCUGGUCCAGAGUGUAAAAAAAGCAGUAAAAAGAAUUCCCAAGCGCAGAAAGAUGUACCAGCGUGCAGCAAAGGUUCUGAAGAUGGAGGAAUAUCUACUCAGCCUUCCGACAAACAAAGAAGCAUUGUGCAUUAUCUGUACCGGAGCACACUGGGGAAUAACGUUCGUGCAAAGUACCUGCAAACACCAUUCCUACGUUCCUUAGCUUCCUACAUACUAUAUUGUAGCAACAGUCCCUUUGACAGGAGGGUUACCACCUUGGAGUGGCACCCCACUCACCCAAACACAGUGGCGGUGGGGUCAAAAGGAGGAGACAUCAUUUUGUGGGACUAUGAGAAGCUCAAUAACACUCUCAUUCCUGGGAUUGGAGCCGGAGGUUGUAUCACAGGAAUGAAGUUUGAUCCAUUUAAUCCUAAUCAGUUGUACAUUUCAUCUGUAGCUGGUAGUACCAUCCUGCAGGAUCUCACUGGACGCACUGUGCAAGUCUUCACCAACACCGAGGACUGGGCCAUGUGGUACUGUAGCCUGGAUGUAUCCGCCAAUCAGCAGUGCGUAGCGACUGGUGAUAACGUGGGAAAUGUUGUGCUGUUGGAAACGUGUGGGAAGGAGCUUUGGAAGCAUAGACUGCAUAAGAAGAAAGUGACACAUGUGGAAUUUAACCCUCGCUGUGACUGGCUCCUGGCUACUGCCUCUGUAGACCAGACAGUUAAGCUCUGGGACCUGAGAAAUAUUAAAGACAAGUCCAGCUGUCUGCACACCCUGACACAUGCAAAAGGCGUAAACUCUGCUUAUUUUAGUCCACCGGAUGGAGCAAAGCUUCUCACCACUGACCAGCACAGCGAGAUUCGAGUUUACUCUGCGUCUGAUUGGACUAAACCUCAGCACAUAAUUCCACACCCUCACCGACAGUUCCAGCACCUAACUGCUAUCAAGGCCACAUGGCACCCUCGUUAUGACCUGAUUGUUGCUGGACGUUACCCAGACCCUCAGUUCCCAGGGUACAAAUCGGAUGAACUUCGGACAGUAGAUGUGUUUGACGGACAGAGGGGAGACAUUGUAUGCCAGCUUUAUGACCCUUAUGCAUCAGGCAUUGUCUCGCUAAAUAAAUUUAAUCCCAUGGGAGAUCUACUGGCAUCAGGCAUGGGUUUUAACAUUCUGAUCUGGAGCCGUGAAAUUCUGCUAAUGAUGAAGCAAGAAGAGAUUAUGAAAUCUUUAAGACAACAGAAAGGUGUUAAUGACACAGAGUCAAAAAAGGAGCAGAACAACCGUCCAAAUCAAAAGAGUAAAUCUGGAACCAAGAACCCCUCCACAGAGCAAGGCAAAACCAGGACUGUUGUAAACGAUACAAGCAAAUCAGAGAAAAAGAACAAAAAGUAGCUGAUAUAGAAACCAUCCAUUCUAACCUGCACCAAAUGUUGCAUCCGGACUCUUCUUCCAUGGAAAUGUCACAGCUUACAUCAUGUUCUGUGACUGCUGUAACCAAACCGCUGGAGUGCCUUAUUGCACAGCUAUUUACAGAGUUACAGCAGGGUGCACUUUCUUUUUUAACUUUAGUUCUCUAAACAUUUUAUCUGUUAAAAAAAAAAAUAUCAUAAAAUAGGAAGCAAUUCUUACAGAAAAAAUGUCAUAUAAAGAGACUUGAAAUCAUUGUUUGCAGUAGACUCAAAACAUUUUGUAAUGCUGUAGGUAUUUUUUUUUCUCUAACGGUACUAUGAUAUUGAAGGAGAAGACAUGAUCAGCACCUUCCUGUAAUGCCCCACAUUUUUUUUUACUAUAUACGAUUCUGUAUUCCACUUUCCGCUAAUGAAUUCCCUAGGUAGUAGAGGCUGAAACUCACUGAUUGUUUUAUCAUGUGAUGAUACCAAUUGUAUAUAUUGAAUGCUUUUUUUUUAGUUUUGUGUGUCAGUGCUUUCAUUAGCAACAAAUGCUUUUCUUGUGAUGAAAUGGGAUUUUGAUGUUACCUUGCUUAAUAAUAUUUAAAAGGACAUUAAAUACUAAAUGCAUUUUAUAAGUAAA